AUGUUUGGUACCAUCUUUCAAAUAGAUGAAGCAUGUUGCAAUGAAAGGCCUGAAAUAUCGAUAAUUAAGCUUUCGAUUUGUGAAGAAGAUGAUCCUCGACUUAAAGAUAUGGUCGAUUAUAUAAAGCAUGAAAUAAAAGAUAAUCCUGAUUCAGUUACAUUAGCUGAUUUAUUCAUUAAAAUGGGUGAUUAUGAUAAUGCAAAACAAUUCUAUUCUAUAUAUCAAAAUCAAUUAUCGACGAACAAUCCAAAUUUAAGACGCGUUUGGCAAGGUCUAUCAACUGUAUCUGAUAUUGAAGGAAAUUAUUACAUAUCAAUGGACGAAUAUAUGAAAGCACAUGAAUGUUUUAAUGAACAAUUAAAAUUAUGUCAAAAUUUACCUAGUCAUCAUCCUCAAUAUGGAAAAUGUUAUGCAAACAUUGCGAACUUAUACGAACUUGAAGGACAAAAACAUUUGGCUUUGGAAAAUUAUCAGAAAGCAUAUAAAAUUUACACACAAUCACUUCCAGCUUAUCAUCCAGAUACAACAAAAGUUGAACAAUCCAUUGAAAAUUUAUCACCGCAAAACAAAACAACGACGCAAACAUCUAAUCAAGCGACUACCGUUCAAAUGUCUGGAGAAAAUUCAGAAAACAAUACAAAUAUUGAAACAUUUCUCAUCGUAUGGCUAGAUGCCAAUGUCAAUAAAACACAAGAUAACGAAGAAACAUACAAAGGUCUACGUGCAAGUGUUAACAACCUUCACAAAUUUGAUAAUUUACAAGAAGGUGAAACGUAUGUCCGAAGUAUUCGACGUGAAAAAAUUAUCUUAAUUGUAUCGGGCGGUUACGGGAUAGAAAUCGUACCACGAAUUCAUGAUCUUGUUCAAGUAAACUGUAUCUAUGUUUAUUGCAGUGAUAAAGCACGUCAUGAAGCAUGGUCAAAAAACUAUUCAAAGAUACGAUCAGUGAUUAUCAAGCGAAACGAUUUAGUUGAACAAGUCACUGAAGAUCAAAAGAUUCGUAACAUAACUGAAGAUGUUGUUCCAAUGAGUAUUCUUAAACGUACAGCUGUGACUAAAGAAGCAACAGCUAAAGAUAUUUCCAAAGAAAUGGGUUCAAUUUUAUGGUUUCAGUUAUUAGUCGAUGUUCUACUCCGUAUGACACACAGUGAUGAUGCUAAGAGAGAGCUAAUGAAAACAUGGUGUAAGAAUUAUGUUGGAAAUUCUUCUGAGUUACAUAUUAUCAAACAGUUUGAACAUGAAUAUAAGCGUGAGAAGGCUGUUUGGUGGUAUACUCGCGAGUCAUCGCUAUAUCGUAUAUUAAACAAAGCUUUGAGAGAACAAUCGAUUGAUAUGAUAUUUGCAUUUCGGUUUUUUCUAACGGAACUAUUUGAACAAGUUUCACAAUUAUAUAGAUCAAUGAAAAUCAAUGAUAAAAAUAUCAUUCAUGUUUAUCGUGGACAAGUUAUCGCCAAGGAAGAACUUGAACAAAUGCAAUCGAGUAUUGGUGGCUUUAUUUCGAUUAAUAGUUUUUUCUCAACAAGUCGAAGUGAAACAAAAGCACGAAAUUUUGCUAAGCAAGCGAAAAUUACGGAGAGCCUCCGUCGUAUUUUAUUUCGAAUUGAAAUUGAUCCUCGGCUACCAACAAAACCUUUUGCUGAUAUUGAAGGAAUUAGUUUUUAUCCAAAUGAACGAGAAAUCUUAUUUAUGCUUGGAUCAAUAUUUCGUAUCAAUAAAAUUCAUGAUGAUGAUAAAGAUGAAUUAUCCAUAAUAAAUAUGAGUCUUUGUAGUGAAGAUGAUUUUGAAUUAAAAGAAUUAUUCGCAUAUUUAAAAAAAGAUAUUGGAGAAGAAGCAUCGAUGGUAACAUUAGGAAAUAUUCUACUUCAAAUGGGUGAAUAUGAUAAAGCUGAACGAAUAUUUUUACGAUUGAAUCAUGAAGAAGGUCUCAUUAGUGUUGCUGAACUCAAAGGAAACUUUUAUUUAGCAAUGAAACAAUACAAACGUGCUAUUGAAUAUUAUGAACAAUCAUUAGAAUUUCGUCAAAAAUCAUUGCCUGCAUCACAUCAAGAUAUUGCGAAGAGUCUUACUUCAAUUGCAAUGGCCUAUGAAUUUUGGAAGAAAUAUCCAAAAGCCAUUGAUUAUUAUCAACGUACAAUUCAACAAUAUAAUCGUACAUUGAAAGAUAAUCAUCCAUUGAUUACACGAACAAAGAAUAGUUUAUUAAAAAUUCAACAUCGAAAAAAUUAG